CGACCCGACACGUGUCGGGUCGCGUCUUGGUCGCUUCUUCCGCCUCCGUCGUUGGUCGCUCGACAUCUCCGACCGCCGUCAUCAGCCCGUCGCUGUUCGUCCGCAGCCCAUCGCGAGAAGUCGUCCAUGGCUGAUGAAGGCUCGGCGCAACAGUCAGCUGUCACAGGAACCAGUGGAACCGCACCUGUUACGAGGGGUUCCACUGACCGUGUGUCUCUCGGGCUGGGCGAAGCACUUCAGACCCCCCGCGUCGGGGAUCCUGCAGAAUGAUCAGGACGAGCGGACGAGCUGCGGUCCGGCGUGGACGCGGUGUGGCGCCGGUGGUCGAGAGACCACCGGUGGGUCGGAAGGUGCUCGUUUUUUCGAAGAAGACGAGGAAGAAGAGGAAAGAAGAUGAAAGACAUAUGAAAGAGAGAAAGAAAAGGAAAAGGAACGAACAGAAAAAAGAAAAGAGGAAAGGGACGCAAGAGAAAGAAGCAGAGGCAGUUCCGUUUCUUGUGUGGGGAAACCCUUUACGGGCCGCCUUUGGAGAUCGGCAGCUUUGCCUGCGCCCUCCAGUUCUUGUUGAUCCCGAUGAGACAUGUAGAGACUGCCUGGGUUGUCCACCAUUUUAUAUGAUGACAUGGGAUGAUGGAUCUCACGAUCUGUUUCGUGAGUGGAACAAAUAAACCAACCAGCUGUGACGGCGCCAUCAUUCAAUAAGCCGGCGUUCGCUGGCUCGGUCUCCGCAGGAAAGCUACAAUCUGAGCCAGCCCACCGAGGGCUUUGAUGAGUUUUUAAGUCACGACUGGGAGACGCCAAGGCUACACAAAUUGCUCACCAUGUUGAUCAUCUACAACUCAAGGGCGGCCUUCGUUUGCUCCUUCUGCUUUAGCGUGCUGGUGGGAUUCCUACGAGCUGUGAAGGUCCUACCGGAUGGGCUUGGAACAGAGUUAGUGGCCUAUGCCGUUUUUCCUCUGGUCCUUUGCUUUUGGCAGAGGCUCCGGAGUCUCUUUACAAAGCCGAUCACGGUCUUCUUCGACAUGCUGUGCGUCAACCAGCACGACGAGGAGCUGAAGCGGAAAGCCAUCUCAGGGUUGGUGAGCUUCUUGGAUUCCUCGAAGAAACUGACCAUCUUUUGGUCCAAGCGCUAUUUCAGCCGCCUGUGGUGCACCUACGAAAUCAGCACCUUCCUCCGAGAUCCCCAGAUGCGGAGGACCAUUCUAGUCAUGCCGGUGAAGCUCUCCGUGAUCCUCGUCGUAUUUAGCAUUUUUGAGCACAUGAUCAGCUUUGCUCAUUUUCUCAUCACGGAGAUUUACCCAGACCUGAGCCACCUGCAAGAGCUCGCCUUGUUCUUGCCCUUCUUGGCUCUCAACCCUCUGUUGUACUUCAUCGGCAUCGGAAUGAUGUCGGACCUGCAGAAGUUGCCACGGCAGCUCCAAGAGUUCCGCGUCCAGGACGCGGAGUGCGCGUGUUGCUCCAAGAACCAUCGGCAUCCGGAGACGGGGGAGACCUUGGCAUGUGACCGGGAGAUCAUCUUCAGGAUGUUGAAGAGAUGGUUCGGCAAGGAGGAUGACUUGGGGGAUGAGCAUUUGGAGACCUUCAAUUCGCUGGUGCACGAAGUGCUGGCACCGCGAGUUCUGCAGAGCAUGGGCAGUGACGUCUUACCCUUCAGCUACUGUGUCUACAUGAUUUUGGUCUCUAAGAUCCCUGAGCUCUGUCAUUUGAUUCCUGUGCUGGCCGCUGGGCCGGGAGCUCACGAGAACUUCAACACCUUCCACUGGGCCCUGCGGAAGAUCUUCACCUGGGCCAUGGGUUGCGUCACCUCCCUUUUCUGGGUCCGCAUGAGCAUGCGAGGCUGGCUUCUCUCUGUUUGGUGCAUGCCCGAAACUGGCUUGGACAGGGCGGUGGUGCAGUCUGUGAGUGCCUUCUUGAUUUCCAUCCCCAUUGGAACCUGGCUUUGCAUGCUGGUGCUCUCCUACCACGGUAUUCUGAUCUACACGGCGGAGGACAAUCUGACGGUGGCCGCGCCCUUCGUGUUCUGGGUGAUGAUCCUCACCAUCUUUUGGAAUCGUCAAGGUAAGGAGCCCACGGUGCCGAAGAGCUUCCAAGAAGCCCGGGAGUUUGUGCGUUCCGCCUCUAACCUGUCCGUCUCCGAUGAGAAGAGCGUGUCAGAGAUCAUCGGAGUGCCUGAGCGGGUGUAGAGAGCGACCGUGCUACGGGUGUAGAGCGGCGACGUGGCACGAGCGUGACCGAAAAGCCUUUCAGCUGAUGAAGAUCACGUAGGUAGCAGUAGGUCGGGUGGUGGUUUGCAGGUGGAAGAAUGGUCCUUUUGGGAAAGGAUAUGAAAGGC